AUGUCGUCCUCCCCGCCAGCACAGCCAGUCGACGAGGCACCCACCCCCGGGUCCGACAACAAUGAUAACGUCUUUGGCGGCGCAUCAGACGCCGGCUCGGACAACGGCGCACCGGCCAACACUGCCGACGACCCCGCCCCCACGGCCGAGGAAGGCGGUGGUGACGCGCCCGAGGGAUCCGGAGGCGAGGGAGCAGACGCCUACGUCCCCGCAACUGCGACGUCGGCAGCACGUAUCCCGAGCUUUAAGAAGCGCCGUGGAAGCGGCGACGAGGAUGGAGAGGGCGACGGCGACGACUCGGAUGACGACGACGACGAGGAGCGCCAGAGGAGGAAGAAGAAGAGGAAGGAGCGCAGGGAGCGUCGUGCCCAGGAAGAAGAGGAGGAGGAGCUACCCGUCCUUGACGAAGCUACGCAGCGCCGCCACGCCCUCGAGGAGCGCAUUGACAACAUUGGCAAGAAGCAGCGCGUCAUGCGGAGGAAGAAGAAGGGCGGCGAGGACGUCGACAUUGUCGACUCAUACCAUGACGAAGUGUGCAUCCGUCUGCGUGACCGUAUGCUCGCUGCUGCAGCCAAGGAUAUCAGUGCCAACACCCACAAGCUGCCUGCUACCAGCAAGCUGGCGAUGCUGAACGAGGUCGUGGACGCUCUCCAGAAGUGGGUGCUCAAGGCGGUCAAGCAGUGGCUCGAGCCUCUGCCGGACAAGUCGCUCCCCGCUGUCGGCAUCCAGAAGGCCUUCUUCGAAGUCCUCCCCAAGAUGGACCUGGACACGUCUACCGUCCGCGAGGCGCAGAUCGGCGCCGUCGUACUCUUCUACACCAAGACCAAGCGCGUCACCCCGGCCAUCAACCGCCAGGCCGAGGCGCUCGUCCAGGUGUGGUCGCGUCCCAUCAUCAAGCGUUCAGCCGACUUCCGCAGUCGCUACGUUGCGCGCGCCGACGACGUGGAGAUGGGCGGCGAGGAGGUCGAGGGCGAGGAUGACCUGGACGUCGACGGUGAUGGCGAGGAGAAGCCUCGCCGCAAGCGCCAGACGGCAGCCAAGCCCCGUCGUUUCGAUGUGCGCCAGGCCGUCGCCGAGAAUGCCGACCGCAAGGGUGCCCGUCCUCUUAUUGCCAACGAGAUCCAGUACUCUGUUGCGCCCGAGUCGCGCCUGCGACACCACGAGGACGACCUCGCGCAUGUGUCGCGUAUCCAGAUGGACAACAAGAAGUUCAACCGCUUUGCGCGCCAGCUCCAGACCCGCAAGCGUUAA